AUGGGCUUGCUAUCUGAAGGAAGCCCUCUUUCAUGGGAAGAAACGAAGGCGUUGGCAGAACACGUGCGACAACAUGGUAUUGAACAAUUUAUAAACUUGUACAGGAAACUCAGGGAUCGCACUGGAGAUGUAUUAAAAUGGGGAGAUGAGGUGGAAUACAUCAUAGUAAAGUUUGAUGAUGAAAAUGAGCGUGCCAUGGUCAGUUUGAGAGCUGAUAGUCUCCUGCCAAAACUACAAGAAAAAGAGCAAGCAGAUCCCCAAAAUGUCAAAUCAUUAUGGCGUCCAGAAUAUGGGGCUUACAUGAUUGAAGGCACACCAGGGAAGCCCUAUGGUGGAUUAUUGGCACACUUUAAUAUAGUAGAAGCUAAUAUGCAAUAUCGCAGAGCUGAGGCCAGUACUCUGUUAAGUAAUGGAGAAGUUCUCAUGAGCAUCACCAACUUUCCCAGAUUAGGGUGCCCUAACUUUACUAGCCCACCAUAUGCACCAAACCCAAAAAGUGGAGUGACUUUAUCACAUUAUUUCCCAGAUGAGGCUAUUUUUCCAGGGCAUCCUCGAUUUAAAACUUUAACUUCCAAUAUUAGGGAAAGGAGAGGGGAAAAGGUUGCUAUUAAUAUACCAAUAUUUAAAGAUAUAAACACGAAGAUACCAGUGGACAACUCGCAUGUAUUGGAACCGGGCGUUGCGCAGCCUGACUGCGUGUACAUGGACGCCAUGGGGUUCGGAAUGGGUUGCUGUUGUCUGCAGCUUACGUUCCAAGCCUGCUGCAUCACCGAGGCGCGAACUCUUUACGACCAGCUCGCACCGCUUUGUCCAAUCAUGCUCGCUCUGUCCGCCGCGUCGCCGAUCUACCGCGGCCACCUGACCGACGUGGACUGCCGCUGGAACGUGAUCUCGGCCUCGGUCGACUGCCGCACCAAGGAGGAGCGCGGCCUGGAGCCGCUCAAGGACAACAAGUUCCGCAUACAGAAGUCCAGAUACGACUCCAUCGAUUCAUACCUGUCGCCGGAUCACGAAAAGUAUAACGACAUUCCGAUAGUCCACGACGCGGCUAUCUACAGGCGCCUCCGCGAGGGCGGCAUUGACCACCCACUGGCUUUGCACGUGGCGCACCUCUUCAUACGGGACACCGUCUCCCUAUUCUCCGAGAGGGUCAACCAGGACGAUGAGAACGACACCGACCACUUCGAGAACAUCCAGUCGACGAACUGGCAGACGAUGCGCUUCAAGCCGCCGCCGCCCAACUCCUCGAUCGGUUGGCGCGUGGAGUUCCGCCCCUGCGAGGCGCAGCUCACGGACUUCGAGAACGCCGCCUACGUAUGCUUCGUCGUCCUUUUGACCAGGGUCAUACUCUCCUACCGCCUGAACUUCGUGAUGCCGAUCAGCAAGGUGGACGAGAACAUGCAGAGGGCGCAGCGGCGCGGCGCGUGCGCGUCGCAGCGCUUCUGGUGGCGGCGUGACGUCGGCGCGCCGCCAGAGGUCGCGCCCCACUCGGCAGACGCCCACGACCACGACCAGUACGCGGAGAUGACCAUCGACGAGAUCGUCAACGGAAAGGAGGGCGUGUUCCCCGGUCUGGUGCCGCUUAUCGAGUCGUACCUGUCGGGCAUGGACGUAGACGCGGACACGCACUGCUCCGUGCAACAGUACCUGAAGCUGAUACAGCGCCGAGCCGCCAACGAGAUCUCCACUAUGGCCACGUGGAUGCGCGAGUUCGUCACCACCCACCCUAAAUACCAGAAAGACUCCAUUGUAACGGACAAGAUUAAUUACGACCUGCUUAAGACGGCGCACGGUAUUCAAACGGGCAAGAUCCCGGCGCCCACCCUGCUUGGCAGCAGCAACGUGUCCAAGACCAACGAAGACAUUCCCAAGGCCUUUAGCAAGAUGAUGAGCAAGGACUGCCCC